UCUCAAUGAAAUCUCAUCAUUUCUGGUCAGAGUUAUCCCAUCUUUGGCAGUACUGUAUCAAAAUGGCCGUCAGAACAUCCUUUGAGAAGAACAAUGAAAUCGGCUGCUUUGCUAAGCUUACCAACACAUACUGCUUAGUCGCAAUAGGUGGCUCUGAAAACUUCUACAGUGUCUUCGAAGGUGAACUAUCAGAAACAAUCCCAGUGGUGCAUGCAUCUAUAGCAGGUUGCCGGAUCAUCGGGAGGAUGUGUGUGGGAAACCGCCACGGACUUCUCGUGCCCAACAACACGACAGAUCAGGAGCUGCAGCACAUAAGAAACUGCUUGCCAGAUGCUGUGCGCAUUCAGAGAGUAGAGGAGCGACUUUCUGCACUCGGCAAUGUCAUCGCUUGCAAUGACUAUGUGGCUCUAGUUCACCCCGACCUUGACAGGGAAACAGAAGAGAUUCUGGCUGACAGCCUUAAAGUGGAGGUGUUCAGGCAGACGGUUGCUGAGCAGGUGCUCGUGGGUAGUUACUGUGCCUUCAGUAACCAGGGAGGGCUUGUGCACCCUAAAACAUCUAUUGAAGACCAAGAUGAGCUUUCAUCACUCCUGCAAGUGCCUUUAGUUGCCGGUACUGUAAACCGUGGCAGUGAGGUGAUUGCUGCUGGCAUGGUGGUGAAUGACUGGUGUGCCUUCUGUGGUUUGGAUACCACGAGCACAGAGCUGUCUGUCAUUGAGAGUGUGUUCAGGCUGAGUGAGACUCAACCAAGCACCAUAGCCACAACCAUGAGGGACUCGCUUAUAGACAGCCUCACAUAAAUUCUGCGUCAUUUUAAAAAAAUUUUGGAAAUGGAUUGAAUGCCAGACCAGGAUGUGGACAUCAUCAUCAAGUGCAACGUUUUUGCCUCGUUCUGGACACAUCUCUAGGAAUGCACAUAAUACACUCUUUGCCACUCUCACGGUUUGUAUUGUAUAAACUGAUGUAAAGCUAAAAGUAAUUAAAAUAUAUUGGAUAAAUCCAGUUUCCAACAUUACAUUUUACUGGUAAAUCAGCAGAACCAAGGUAAAAAAAAACAAACAAAAAAGUUUACCAUGUAAAAUAUUCAUGAAGCUAAGAGUUUUAAUGUCACUUUCAUUGUGUCAACGAAUUGCAGCAUCAUUAAAACUUUGAUCAACA